AUGAAUAACGAUAACACAAUUGUCUAUGUCAAAGUCGCCGGACCUAGACCUGCGAAUUUUGUCGAUCCAAUUCCAUUCGAGUGGAACGAUGAAAAAGAGAGUCAACUAUGGAAGUUUAUCUCAAAACUGAAUAGUCAACAAGAUCAUAUAAAUUGGGAACAAUUAUCUGAGACAUUUGUUGCUCCUGUCUAUUUCUUAAAAAAUAGGGCUUAUAAGAUGUUUUCAAUGCGGCUGGAACAACUGCAACAAAAAAUAGAGAAUAAGAAGAAAAUAUUAGAAGGAAAUCCAAAGUCAGAAUCUGUAUUACUCACACAUCAUGUAUUAGAUUCUACAUUUGAGUCAUCCUUUUUAACACCAACUAUUACAAACGUUACAACGAAACUUGACAAUGUAAAUUUCCAAGAUCCACAACAUACAGAAGAUGAUGUAACUGAUCAAUUAGUAGAAAGAUUACAAACAAACAAAAAUUUAAAUUAUAAAACACCAGAAACAGCAAAAAUAAUAGAAAAUAAAACAAAACUUAAUACUGAUAAUGAAUCAGAUAGCGAUAUAUCCUCCAGUCUUAGUGUGAGUAAAUCUGCUUUGGAGGAAGCCUUAAUGGCUAGAUUGAAUUUCUAA